GUACUUUUUCAACUUCAAUAGGUCGAUCUCACCAGCCAGUUUGGUUACGUGCGACAGCCUUGCCGGAGCACUGCGCGUGCAGAGCCCGAGGCGGCAGGAGCCGUCUUGGACAAUGGCGCCUGCCUCCUGUGAACUAAAGUUAUGGCGGUUUCACACGUGGCCCCAACGCUUAGUGAGAUCGGUCUAUUAUGUAAUCGACAGGGUAGAUUUACGCUACUGUAAGACUAAGACGUACAGCUUCCACGAAAACACCGCACUGAAACUUCGAGAAAGGGAGAAAGAAAGUUUAGUUUAUAUUCAUUUCGUCUUCUUUUGCAUUUUUUUUUUUUUUUUCUGUGGAGAUCUCACUUAUUAUCGUACAAUAUGUUACUUUCGCGCACGCGUGUGUGUUGAAAGCGUUUGAAUGUGAGAGCCAAACCAAAUACUUUGCCAAACCCACGGCCAAUCGCAGGACGCCUGUGUUCCGCAUUCUAAGUCAUUCGACGAGCGCAGUGGAAACAAAGGCAGCUAUACCUUUAGGUUUACCCACUAAUCCUUCCAACCAGAGCUCGGCGUUCUGACGCCCCGCGAGGUCUCGCCUCCUCCUUCUCCUAAGUUUCUCAGUGCAUUGCUUUCUUGAUUUCCCUGCAGUCGCCUCAGGGGCCGUCACACGCGAGGAACUGCGAUGCAGGGACAGCACGGUGUUCUGCUAGCACUGUUUGUCAUCGGUGGCAGCGUUCUGGACUGUUCCGGGUCACAGCUCUACCCUCGCGAGUCCGAGAGUCGUGAGGUGAAACUCCUGGACGGCGUCUGGAAGUUCCGCGUCUGCACCCAGGAAGACCAGGAUGCCGGAUUUCGGGAGAAAUGGUUCGCUCGUCCCCUCGAGAAGUCCGGAUCGGUGAUUCCGAUGCCCGUACCGGCCAGUUUCAACGACAUCACCCAGAACGCGACGCUGCGGGACUACGUGGGCUGGGCCUGGUACCAGACGGAGUUCUUCGCGCCGAGAGGCUGGUGGAACGGCAAGAGCCGCGUCUUCCUGAGGUUCGGGAGCGUCCACUACGUCGCCCUGGUCUACCUCGACAACAAGCUGGUCGCCAAGCACGUGGGCGGACACCUGCCCUUUGGCGCUGAGGUGACGAAAGCUCUGAUCUACGGCGGCAAAAACAGAGUCACGGUUGCCGUGAGCAACACGCUGACCAAGAGCACCAUUCCCCAGGGCUCCGUGUUCAAACCCCAGGACGCCGAGAGAUACCCUCCGGGCUACCAGAAGCAGAACGUGCCGUUCGACUUCUUCAACUACGCGGGCAUCCACCGGAGCGUGGCCCUGUUCACCACGCCGAAGCACUACAUCCGGGACAUCACGCUGGUGACGACGAAAGUCUCAAACAGCAGCGCGAGCGUGAAGUAUGACAUCGACGUGCUGCCGCCCGACCCCAAGGUGAACUGUCGUCUGACCCUGCUGGACGACCAAGGGUGGCCCGUGCUCGUGCGACAAGGCUGCUCGGGGACAUUCGGCGUGACCAACCCCAAGCUCUGGUGGCCCCAGGGAAUGCACCGGGUCCCAGGAUACCAGUACAUGGCCAAGGUGGAAGCCACGCUCGACGGCGUCACUGACGUCUACUACCAGAAGUUCGGACUGCGUACUGUGCGGGCCACGGAGACGCAGCUGCUGCUCAACGAGCGUCCUCUCUACUUGACGGGCUUCGGCAUGCACGAGGACGCCGACAUUCGGGGUAGAGGCCUGGACUUGGCGCUCGUUGUGAAGGACUUCAACCUGAUUCGGUGGAUCGGGGCCAACUCGUUCCGCACGUCCCACUACCCGUACUCCGAAGAGCUCAUGGACCAGGCCGACGCUCAGGGCAUCGCAGUCAUCGACGAGAGUCCCGCUGUUGCUCAAGGUUCCUUCGACUCGGCUCUGCUGUCCGCGCACAAGGAGCGCAUGACGGAGCUGGUGCAGAGGGACAAGAAUCGACCGUCGGUGAUCAUGUGGUCCGUGGUCAACGAGCCGCAGUCCGCCCAGCCACAGGCCGACCGCUACUUCGGCGAGCUGGUGGCCCAUGUCAAGACGCUGGACCCCACCAGGCCAGUGACCGCGGCACUCAGCGGCCACUACAACAAAGAUUUGGCUGGCCAGUACAUGGACGUCAUCAUGCACAACAAGUACGCGGCAUGGUACACCAAUCCUGGCUCGCUGCAGGUCAUCGAGCGACAGACUAUCAGCGAAUACGAAGCCAUGCAUGGCCACUACCGUAAGCCCAUCAUGAUCAGCGAGUACGGGGCUGACGCCGUGACCGGACUGCACGCCGAUCCAGCCUUUGUCUUCACCGAAGACUUCCAGGCACAGCUGCUGUUUCAUCACCACAAGGCGUUCGACCAGCUGCGCAGCAAGGGAUACUUCGUGGGAGAGCACGUCUGGAACUUCGCGGAUUUCAUGACCGACCAGGAUCCUCGCCGUGCCUUCGGAAACCGCAAGGGAAUCUUUACCAGGAACCGACAGCCCAAGGCCGCUGCAAAGGUGCUUCGCUGCCGGUACCACAAGCUUUCCGGGAGAACAAUCGGGGACUUCGACGCUUACUGUCCUCCGAGCUGAAAUAAAACGAAAAUCUCUAAAACAUCAUAUCCAAAAACAAAGAAACAAAAAAAUUAUGAC